ACACACACACACAGAAAGAAGAUAAGAAGCACAACAUGGGGAAAAUCUACCAAGUGACGGUUGAUGGGGUACGAGGGAGGAAGAUGGUCGUUGACCUGUGCAACACCGAGGAGCAGAUGCAGAAAAUGACGGUCCUGCAGCUGAAAGAGAAGAUUGCGCAGAGACUUCCUCCGUCAGCAGGAGAGGAGCAGCUGCGGAUGCUCUUCGCAGACUCGUACCUGGAGGUUGACGACAGUCUCCUAUCCUCUUAUGGGAUCCAGCACCAGUCCAUUAUCCAUGUGGUGUUGAAGGUUCCUGGAGGACUGACUGCCUGACCAACAACCAACACCAUCUCGCCCGACACCAUCACCGUUGCCUCCUCUACUGUUUACGAAUGUUUAACCUUAAUGGGAUGUUUUAUGCUGGCAUGCUAAUGUGACUUUUUCCUUUUUUUCCCAUGUUGCCUUUAAAUAUGUUAAAAAAAAAAUCCAACUGUUGUUGACACAUUAAAAUAAUGUUCUCUCUAAUGCCUCAUGUUUAAGUUUCUUAUGUCUCCUGACAACGGCAUGUUAAUCAGAGGGUCAUAUACAGUCAAAAAAGCAUCUUUCAUUCAAAUAAUCGAUGUAUAUUAAAGAGAACCAGGGCUGUUGCAAUAAAGAUAUAAAUAUGUUUGUUUGUUCUUUUAAAAAACAAUCAUUGGAAACAAAAUGCAUGUAGAAUAAUCUUUGACGUAAAUAAAUAUUUGCAUUAUCACAGGCAAAUAAACAUGACAUCAAGACAUGUAA